CUCUCUCUCUUGUCUUGACAAUGAGCCGGCUCCGAGGGCUUGCCACCUUGGCCGCCACCGGCGCGGCUGGAACGGCAAAGCGGCCGGCACCGCUCCAGGGCGUUCGUGUGCUGGAGCUGGGCCAGCUGAUUGCGGGCCCGUUCUGCGGUCAGCUGCUCGCCCACUUUGGCGCCGACGUCAUCAAGGUGGAGCCGCCGGGCGCUGGCGAUCCGUUGCGGGUCUGGCGCGAGCUCGAUACCGAGACCGACGGCGGGUCGCCCUGGUUCCGCAGCCUGAACCGGAACAAGCGCUCCAUCGAGCUCGACCUCCGCACCGAGAGCGGCCGCCGCGUAGCGCGUCGACUGGCGCAGUCGAGCGACGUCCUCAUCGAAAACUUCAAGCCGGGCACCCUCGAAAAGUGGGCCAUGGGUCCCGACGACCUGUACGGGGCUAACCCUGACCUGGUGUUUACGCGCAUCUCUGGCUACGGGCAAACCGGGCCGAUGAGCAACGUCGGUGGCUUUGCGGCCGUCUGCGAGGGCUUCGGCGGCUUCCGCUACGUCAAUGGCUUCCCCGACGCAGAUGGCAAGCUCGCCGGUGCGCCUGUGAGACCGAACCUGAGCAUCGGAGACAGUCUGGCGGGCACCAAUGCGGCUCUUGGCACUGUGCUGGCCUUACUGGCACGCGGCAAGAUGCAGGGCGCAGGAAAAGGCCAGAGAACAGGGCAGACAGUCGAUGUGGCCAUCUACGAGUCUAUUUUGAACAUGAUGGAGGGCGUCAUUCCCGCCUACGAUCGAACAGGCUCCAUCCGAGGCCCGAGCGGCGCCGGCGUGACGGGCAUCGUGCCCACGACGGCAUUCAAGACGCGCGACGAGGCAAAGUACGUCAUCAUUGGCGGCAACAACGACAGCAUCUACGUCCGCCUCAUGGACAAGAUUGGGCGGGGCGAUCUCACAGGGCCAGGCUACGCAAAUAACAAGGACCGCGUCGCCCGUCAGCAGGAAAUCGAGCAGGCGAUCGAGGCCUGGACGAGCAAGCACACCGUCGACGAGGUCCUGGCCGCCAUGAAUGAGGCGAGGGUGCCUUGCGGACCCAUCAACUCGGUCAAGGACAUUGUCGAGAACGAACACGUGAUUGCGCGGGGCAUGGUCGAGGACGUCCCCGUCCGCUCAAAGAAGGUCGACAAGGAGUGGUCCAUCAAGAUGCCCGGUCUCUCGCCCGUGCUGGAGUUUGGUGGGAGGACUCGGUGGGCGGGCCCGGAUCUGGGCGAGCACACAAUCGAGGUGCUGCAAAACGACCUGGGUCUCGAUGCUGCCGAGAUCCAGGCACUUCGGGACGAGGGCGUCAUUGGUGAUGCGCCGUCUCCCUCAUAGUGAAGAGAAGAGAACCAAAAAGAUGUUUUGCAUGGCGUAGAAAUACAUUGCAGUGCUCUUCAACAUUACUC